GAGAUAAUUUUGAAUCAAUCCAAUCAAUCGAGCAGCAAAAGCUAAAACCACUCAAAAAAAACAUAUAAAAACCCGAACUUUGAUUUUCAAGUCAAAAAAGGAAGCCCUCCUUUCUUUUUCUUUUCGCUUAACUUCUACUACAAAAAAAUUAAAAUGGCCGGUGUUCGUUUUGCUUGUUGUGUAGCUUUGCUUGUUUGUUUCCAAACGCUUGUUUCUGCCCAUUUUACUUUAACCUACCCUUCCAGCCGAGGAUUCGAUGAUACAAAGGAAGCCACUGCUCCAUGUGGUGGAUUCGAUACACCCAGCGCUCAACGUGUUCAAAUUCCUUUAGACGGUGCCUUCAUCGAAAUCAAUUCCGGUCAUACCUCUUAUACCUACAUCGUCAAUGCUCUUGCUAAAAAUAACCCCACCGUCGCUGAUUUCUCAAAUACCUCCAGUCUUGUUCAAGUUGCUCAAGGCGGAAGAGCUUAUCCUCAAGCCGCUUGUUUACCCUUAGCUUUCAACGAUAUCAAGCCUAAUACCAAUGUCACACUUCAAGUCGUUUACAAUGGUGGUGAUGGUCUUUUGUACCAGUGUGUGGAUGCUGUUGUAGUUGAUGCUGCCCCUAGCUUUAACAAGACCAUGUGUGUCAAUGCCGAUGGCUCGGAUACCAGCUCAGUCUCUUCUUCCGCUCCUGCUGCUUCCGCCACAGGUACUUCCGCCAGUCAAGGUAGCACCACUCAAAUGGCUUACGGUUUGACAUUUAUUGUCGCCGUCUGUAUCUCUGUCUUGCUUGUUUAAUUUGACAUUACUCUCCCUUUAUAUCAUCUCUCGUUACAUUAUAAUAAUAAUAAAAAAAAAAUCACAUUUCUGCUUUCGAUGGUUC